AGCUUUGCCAUCGUCAGCUGGCGGAAGAAAACGAGCCCUGCCCGGUCUCACAACACCUGCGUGUGCAACGCGACCGUUGCAACUGUCCCCAUAGUCUGCUCAAGUGUAAAUUGGGCCCGUCAGUCAACGUUCAGUCCCCAAGCCGGAGGGCUGCGCGUCCAAGUAACAGCUCGAAGCCGCAAGCGUAGACGCCUCCAGCUUCAUUUACCCGUUUGUGCGGGUUUAGCACUGCGCCAAGGAGGCCGAGUAGUAGCUAAACCCGGCGUCUCCGGCCUUCAGAACCUAAGAAGCCAUGGAGUCCGACGACUCAAUGUCCGUGCUGCUUCCGAUGGUGUCGUUGAUGCUUCUGCUCGUGUUCGCGGGCGGAUUGUGGUUCCUACGCACACGCAACCAACUACGCGGCGCAUCGCAGUCAUUCCUAGCCAGAAUGCUGCUACAAGAACAGGAAACCGUUACCAGACUAGAUCUUGAGCGUGGAGAGGCCCAAGCAGAGCGUUGGAAGUGCUCCGUAUGUGAAUUCAGCAACGCGUUGGACCGUCCGACGUGUAUGUUGUGUGGAACGAAGAACACCAAGAGAGAAGAGCUACCGCGACUCAAACAGUCAAUCGCAGGCAGAGACGAGCGUCUGAGCUCCACCAGCUCCAUUACUAUGCUCACAAGGCCUUCACUGAAUGCACAGAGGUCUUCUAUCCUCAGUGUAGGCAGCAGACAAUCAUUAAGACCACUGCGACUCUCGACACUAAAUCCGAGACAAAAGUACGCCAGACGACGCAAGGAAUGGGUGCGUUGUCUCGGAGAGGACGGAGAGACCGCCUUCUGGACCAGAGCGGACGUCGCUGCCGCUGCUAGGAGACUCACAGUCGUUAGCGGUGCUACAGGCCACGGCCGCGUGUCCGUGGGCUUCGUGACGCACAUGGUGCGUCGCUCGUCCAUGAUGGGGGACGUGGGGCGUCUCACGUUCGCUGACGCUUCUCAACUGGACGCAGCAGAGACGAUCAGUGGCUACAAACUCACUGCCCGUGAGUUGGAGCUACUGGAUCGCGUGUCCAGACUGCCAUUUCCUAAGAAAUACACGUGGUUCUUGGAGAGAAUGGGGGCGUUAUUGAGACCAUGGGAAGAAGGGCGCAUUAAGCUUCGAGUCCAACGCGAACACAUUCUCGUGGAGAGUAUGGAGCAAUUAUUGGGCAUUCAACCUGAGCAUAUCCACUUCCCUCUACGUAUCGAGUUCGUGGGUGAAGCAGGGAUCGACGCUGGUGGUUUGCAACGUGAAUGGUUCUCUAUUCUAUUCGGUAGACUACUGGACGACGAGCUGGGACUCUUUAUGACGUGUCAUCGACAUACGCAAGCGGUGGCUAUUAACCCCCACUCGGAAGACUGUACAGCCGACCAUUUGCUCUACUUCCGAGGCAUCGGUAGACUACUUGGUCGUGCUCUACUUGAGGGACAGACGAUGCAGGCGAGAUUGUGUCUGCCUAUUCUCAAGCAUUUCCUCGGUACACCGAUCACUUUCUCGGAUCUACAGUAUGUCGACCCAGAAGUAUAUACCAGUAUGCUCUGGAUCCGGGAUAACGACGGCGUUGACGCACUAGAGCUCACGUUCUGUGUCACGGAGCUACGUGCUGAUGACGAAGUGAUCACGAUCGACCUGGUUCCCGACGGAAGGGACAAACCCGUGACGGAUGCCAACAAGAUGGAGUUUCUUCAUCUGAAGUUGCGCUAUCUCAUGCUCGACCGCUAUGCUCCUCAGCUCCAGGCUCUUUCUCUCGGAUUAUUCGAGAUUAUCCCUCAGGAAGCACUACUAGUCUUCGACUACCAGGAGCUGGAACUUGUUCUGUGUGGCCUCCCAGAGAUUGAUAUCGCUGAUUGGAAACGUAAUACUGUGGUCGCCCCCAGCUUCAGUGACGCUCCGCUGGUCGUCGACUGGUUCUGGGAAGUGAUCCAAGGCUUCACGGAAGACGAACGGGCUCGAUUCUUGCAGUUCUCGACGGGUUCUUCGCGUGUACCAGUGCAAGGAUUCAAGGGAUUGACGAGCUACGAUGGUCGCAUUUGCCCCUUCUCGUUGAGACCGUUGCCUAACCAAGCCCGAGGCUUUCCCAAGGUACACACGUGCUUUAACCGCGUGGAGUUGCCGUUAUAUACCAACAAGACCGACAUGGAGGCUGCACUCUACGCGGUGCUUGAUAUGGAGUGGACAGAGUUCAGCGAGGAGUGAGGGACUAAAAGCUGGACCACUGUAAUGUUUAAAGUGGACUAUUUAAUACGAUGGUGUUGAAUGACGUGUCUCGAUUCUCUCGCUGUCAUUUUCCAUCGUCUCGUCUCGUUUUGUUGCAGC